GGAACUUCAGCCCCACAUGCCAAACGUCUGCGCGGAGCAGGAGCUGGCGAUCGUGGGGCAUCGGCAGCCGUGUGUCCAGGCCUUCACCCGCACCCUCAAAGUGUGGAAGCAGGACUGCGGAGGACGGCGGUGGUGCACGGGCUACGAGCGGAGGACUGCCUAUUACACGGGCUACCGACAGGCGUACCAGGCGAAAUACCGGACGGCAUACAGGUGCUGCCCGGGAUGGUCCCGGCUCGGAGGGGAUGCCGGCUGUCUCUACCCUGCCUGCAGUUACGGGGUUUGUUUCAACGGUGGAAAUUGCAGAGAGGGAUCUUCGCAGCUCUGUCUGUGCUCCCCUGGUUUCCAAGGACCUCGCUGUCAGUACGAUGUUGAUGAGUGCCAGGUCCACAAUGGGGGCUGCCAGCACAGAUGUGUCAACACCCUUGGAUCUUAUUAUUGUGAAUGCAAGCCAGGCUUUCGCCUGCACACAGAUGGCAGGACCUGCAUUGCUGUGAACACGUGUGCCCUCAACAACGGCGGCUGUGAACACGACUGCGUGCAGGUGACGCCGGCGCAGCACCGGUGCCAGUGCCGGCACAAUUACCAGCUGCGGGAAGACGGCAAACGCUGCGUCUUGAGGAACCCCUGCACCGACAGGAACGGGGGCUGCAUGCACCGGUGCCACAACCACCGUGGAACAGCCCGCUGCGAGUGCCACCCCGGCUACCGGCUGGCGCCUGACAACAAGGCCUGUGAAGACGUGAAUGAAUGUCUGAGUGGCCUAGCCAUGUGUGCACACCAGUGUCUCAACACUCGCGGCUCCUUUAAGUGUACCUGUAACCCGGGCUAUGAGCUGGGGGCAGACGGCAAGCAAUGCUAUCGGAUAGAAAUGGAGAUAGUGAACAGCUGCGAAGCCGACAACGGUGGCUGUUCCCAUUCAUGCCACCACACCAGCUCUGGCCCAGUCUGUACCUGUAACUUCGGCUAUCGGCUUGAAGAGGACCAGAAGACGUGCACUGAUGUCGAUGAAUGCGACAACGGUUCUCACUGUUGUCAGCAAGACUGUUACAAUUAUCCUGGAGGCUACGAGUGUGCCUGCUAUGCUGGAUACAGGCUCAGCACAGAUGGCUGUGGGUGUGACGAUGUGGAUGAGUGCUCCUCAAAUAACGGUGGAUGUGAACACGCAUGCCAGAACCAGCUAGGGUCUUUCCAGUGUGGCUGCGAGACUGGAUACAAACUGGAUGACGACCGCAGGAGCUGCAUCUCUAUAGAGGAACCCGUGGAAGCUCUGGAUGGUCGGCGCCCCGUUAUCCGCCCAAUCCCUCACGUUGCAAUCCUGCGAGAUGAAUUUACCCAGCUCUUUAAUGACGACUAUGAAGAAGAGGAGGAAGAGAUGGAAGCAAGAGGAGAGCACACACUUUCGGAAAAAUUUGUCUGCCUGGAGCGCACCUUCGGCCCCGACUGCAGCCUGACCUGUGAGGACUGCCAAAACGGAGCCACGUGCAACGCGGAGGAGACCGGCUGCGACUGUCCGGCUGGCUGGACCGGCGUCCUCUGUAACCAGACCUGCCCGGCUGGCACCUUCGGGAGGAACUGCAGCCUGGCCUGCCGCUGCCAGAACGGCGGCACCUGCGAGCCCGCCACGGGCGCCUGCCGCUGCCCGCCCGGGGUGGCCGGCGAGCUCUGCCAAGACGGGUGCCCUAAAGGAUUUUUUGGGAAACAAUGCAGGAAAAAGUGCAACUGUGCCAACCGGGGUCGUUGCCAUCGGAUUUACGGAGCCUGCCUGUGCGAUCCUGGCUUAUACGGACGGUACUGCCAUUUAGUUUGCCCAAAGUGGGCGUUUGGCCCCGGGUGCUCCGAAGAGUGCCGCUGCGUGCAGCAGAACACGCAGGACUGCGACAAGAGGGACGGCUCCUGCCGAUGCAAACCCGGCUACCGCGGCAAGCGCUGCGAGACGAACUGUGACCCUGGCUAUUACGGGGAUGGCUGCAAGACGAAAUGUAGCUGCCCUCCAGAAGUGUCUUGUGACCACGUCACCGGAGAGUGCUGGAAAGAGUGUCCCGGAGGCUACCGUGGGCAGAACUGCGACCAAGAGUGUCCGGAGGGGAAGUUCGGGGCGGGCUCGCAGUCCUGCUCCUGCCGGGGAGCGCCCUGCGACCGGACCACGGGGCAGUGCCUCUGCCUGCCAGGCUGGACGGGACACGACUGCGGCCAAGCUUGCCCUGACGGUCGCUGGGGUCAGGGCUGCCAGGAGAUAUGUCCUGAGUGUGCGAACAACGCCAGCUGCGAUCCCGCCACCGGAGCCUGCCUGUGUCCGCCCGGCUAUACCGGCCACCGCUGCCAGGACGUGUGUCCGCCUGGCUGGUUUGGCCCGGACUGCCAGCUGAGCUGCAGCUGCGGGAACGACGGACACUGCCACCCUGGGACGGGGACGUGCAGCUGCGCACCUGGCUGGACGGACAACUGUCAGAGAGCCUGCGAUGCAGGUCGCUGGGGCCCCGACUGUGCUCACACCUGCAACUGCAGCAACAGCGACGGGAGCUGCAGCGCGGAGACGGGGCAGUGCAUCUGCGACGCUGGCUACGUGGGCGGCCGCUGCGAAAAGAAGUGCCCGGAAGGAUGGUUUGGGCUGAGCUGUCGGCACCGGUGUCAGUGUGACAACGGGGCUGCCUGUGACCACGUCAGCGGGGCCUGUACUUGCAGCCCGGGCUGGCGAGGAACCUUCUGUGAGCACGCCUGUCCUGAUGGAUUUUACGGACUGGAGUGCCAGCAAGCCUGCGACUGCCUGAACGGCGCCCGCUGUGACCAUGCAACGGGCGAGUGCCGCUGCGGCCCCGGCUGGGACGGCCCCCGCUGCGGCCAGCCGUGCCAGGAGAACAGGUACGGUGAGAACUGCAGCCAGACAUGCAACUGUUUCAAUAACGCUACCUGCAACCACGUCAGCGGCCGAUGUCUCUGUGCAGCCGGGUGGACGGGACCCACGUGCCAGCAAGCGUGCCCGGUGGGUUUCUACGGGAGGAGCUGCCGCCAGCGCUGCCUCUGCCAAAACGGUGGCACGUGUGACCCCGCCACAGGGCUCUGUGCUUGCCCCGAGGGCUGGACGGGGCUGGCCUGUGAGCUGGAGUGCGCGCAGGGACAGCACGGGGCAGACUGCCGGCAGCGCUGCGAGUGCCGUCACGGGGGGCUCUGCCACCGCCAGAAGGGCCACUGCGUCUGCCAGCCUGGGUGGACGGGCGAGAAGUGCGAGAGCCCCUGCCUGCCGGGUUCGUUCGGGAAGAACUGUGCCGGCCGCUGCGCCUGUCCCCUGGGAGUGCCGUGCGAUCACAUCACCGGCCAGUGCGGCUGCCCGCCGGGCUUUACCGGCUCUGGAUGUGAAAAAUCCUGCCUGCCAGGGACCUUCGGUGAGGGCUGCGCUCAGAUCUGCCAGUGUGCCGGAGCCACCCAGGAGUGCCACCCGGUCACCGGGGCGUGCGUCUGUGCCCCCGGCUUCCACGGUCCCACCUGCCAGCUGGAGUGCUCCCCUGGGUGGUACGGCCAGAACUGCGAAAGGCCAUGCAAGUGCAAGAACGGGGGCCUGUGUGACAUUACCACAGGGAUGUGCCACUGCCCGGCUGGCUACAUCGGCGCUGACUGCAGCAUCGGGUGUCCUGCUGGUCGCUACGGCAAGGACUGUGCACGGGUGUGCUCCUGCGGGGAAGGCGCUACCUGUCACCCCGUCACCGGAGACUGUGUUUGCCCGCCAGGAAGAGCUGGUCCCGCCUGCGAGCAAGGCUGUGAGAAGCACCGGUACGGGGUGGGCUGCCAGCAGACCUGCUCCUGCCGCAAUGGGGGGCUGUGUGACGCAGCUGACGGCUCCUGUUUGUGUGCGCUCGGGUGGACGGGGAAAUCCUGCGAAUUAGAAUGCCCGCCGGGAAGGUACGGUGCCGACUGCCAGCUCCGCUGUGCCUGCCUGCACAACGCCACCUGCGACCCGGGGACGGGAGCCUGCCGCUGCUCCGCGGGCCGCUACGGGCCCCUGUGCGAACACAGUUGUCCCCCGGGUUUCCAUGGAGCUGGCUGCCGGGAGCGCUGCGACUGCGAGCACGGAGCGGGCUGUGACCCAGCCACCGGUCGCUGUCAGUGUCCCGCUGGGCUCCGCGGCGAGCGCUGUCAGACAGGCUGCAAGGAAGGAACGUACGGCGAGGGAUGCCAGCAGCUCUGCGACUGCGUCGGCGACGCGCCCUGCGACCCAGCCACGGGGCGCUGCCUGUGUCCCCCGGGGAAAACUGGCCCCAAGUGCGGUUCAGACUGCCGGCCGACCGAGUACGGCCCGGACUGCAGCCUGGCCUGCCAGUGUGCGCCCAGCAGCUCCUACUGUAACGCUCAGAACGGCCAGUGCCUCUGUCUGAACGGGUACAUGGGACCGACGUGUCGGGAAGGUGGCGCGCCUCGUCUGCCGUCGGCCGAGCACCCCUCCUUGGUCCCAGCAGCGCAGCCCCCGGCGCCCACCGGGUCACCUCCGCCCCAGGGGGGGGCCCGGCCGGUCGAGCACUAGGUCCUGCAGCUGCCGGGAGCGCUCCCUCGGUGUGACCAAGCAGCCACCUGAAGAAGCCAACGACCUCUUUAUCGACCUUGUUUACAAGCCACACGAGCGGUUACCAUUUCCUGACAGCCUCAGCUGCUGCUUUUGGAGUUGUCUGAGCGAGGCUGAAGCGCCGACUGCAACCAGGUCACCACGACGGCGCGGGCUGCCCUCCAGGCACGCCACGAGGGCAAGCACGCCGACGCCGGCGCACACCCUCGGCCAGACACCAGAAGGAACAGUUCAGAAGCGAUCGCUUCUGGUCAGCGGACUUUGAUAGCUCGUGGCAAAUUGCUGGCCUUCAUCUUUUGGGUGCUGGGCUUGGGGAGGGGGCUGAAAUUAUGCUCCAAAAUAGGUAUUUAUGCAACAAUAUUUAUGGGAAGCUGUACAACAGUGUUGUCAGAACUGACGGCUGAACGUGCCCGGCUCUCCCGAGAUCAUGCCUCCUGUAGAAGCACCACCUCACUUGAGGUUUUUUUUUUUUUAAUUUGAAUUUGCAAUGGUCUUGUACUGUAAAUUAUCAUUUGGCCUGGGGGCAAGGCGCUGGGCUCUAGCGCUGACCACACCGCCUCUGCAGAGCCGGUGCCUACAGCCCGAGCCUCUCUGUCAGCACGAGCCAAGUGCCCCGGUUUGCAUUCCCAGCGACAGGCGAUGCUUUCCUCGCUGACAGCGCAGUCUGCUCUUGCCAAGCUUUGCAGGGGGUCGGGAGCCUGGUUUUCAUACCAGGAGUAUGUCAGCCCGCUUGAGCUGCCCAUGUCGUUUGCUCCACCGAAAAGUAAGCCUAAAUUCAGUGUAAUAAUCAAAGACACUGCAUGAAGAGACACGAAGCUCUUGCGUGGUCCGGUAAAUGCAAAUCCCUAUUUAAGUGUUCUUGCCCCGACCCUGGACCCUGCGUUGUUUUUCCGUUGCAGUUGAACCCAGGAGCUGGGAAGGGGAUGGAGGCAGGAGGAACGGCCAGGAGGCUGCACAGCUGCAGCCGGCUCCUGGCUCGGCAGCGCGUGCGGAGUGACGGCAAAGCCUCGGCUGCCACCUGCAGCGGCGGGGAACGCCGUCGCCCCAGCGAGGGCCCAGGGCUCCCGGGCCAACAGCCAGCCCCAGCCAGGCCCCGUCAUCUGUUUGCACAAAGCUCUUGGGGAAAUAGAGCCCGAGAGCUGACGAUGUCAAAAGCAAGCAGGCUCUGCGAAGGAGCUGGGACGUUCCCGUCCCGGCACAUCUGCCUCUGCUGCUGCUGCAGUACAGCCCUGCCCAGGCGCUUGGCCUUUAAAUUAUUCCCAGGGGGGCCAACUGAAAAUAAUAAAAGAGUUGUUUCUUUUCCUGA